AUGACUCUUCCAACGUUUGAUCUUCCCACUGAUGCCGAAGUAAUUUCACCUACUUCGUGUAUCCUGACAGCAGACAUAAGCACUGACAAUCGCUUUGAGAUAUUCAAUACAUACACAAAACCUCGGAAGCCAACUCUACAAUUGAGGAAACUGGUAAUCUCCUAUGGCCGGAUAAACCGUGGGAAAAGCACAAACUAUCCGAGCAUUUCCUUCCUGGAUUCGCGUUUUGGAAGAAUUCUACAUGCAGGCUCAAGAAUGAAUUAUAUUCACUCCUUGAUGAACAUUUCCACCAACAUCUAUGAAUGGCGCUUGAUAGUGACCUUACACUCCCAACACAUCGUUAACCAGAUCUACCAAAUAAAAGAUCUUUUUAGGAGAACUGGCUUAACGAUCCUCAGAUAUUACAUCAAUACGGCUCCACCAACACCCUUGAUAGCCUUUUUUGACCCUGUUGCAUGUGCAACCAUCCCAUCAUUACAAGAUUCUCCACUGGUGGCUUUGGGCCAAAACAUAAACCCACCAUCUGCAGAUGUGUUACAACGGUAUCCUGACACGCAUGAGGACCCUAAGUCUCUAUCUUUGUGCAUGAAGGAACUGGAACCUGAAGAAGAACAACUCACUGAGCUUUAUUCUCUUCUUCCUGAUACUGAGAGGUCACUACUCAUCGAUAAGUUUCACCAACUGAUCCGACACUGUAAAAAAACAGCAGCAGAGAAAGACUUUCUGAAGAAGACGCCUAACCAAACUAUUCCUGAGAAGAAAUCUCUGGGAACUUAUGCACCGGGACUGAUAAGUCCUUCUAUGGACACCAACAUAAAGCCAAGUUCUAAACUUUCUUGUAAACUGAUUUUGCCAGAAGUACGCCUAAGCUUAAAAGAAUUAGUGACAGAGGAACCUAUGGAGAAGCUGUACCAGGUGGGCCCGCUGCUAGGCAGUGGCGGCUUCGGCUCGGUCUACUCGGGCACCCGGCUGGCAGAUGGAGCUCUGGUGGCCAUCAAGCAUGUGUCCCGGGACCGGGUUUCCGAAUGGGGAGAACUGCCUAGUGGGACUAGGGUACCCAUGGAGAUCUUGCUCCUGAAGAAGGUUGGCUUUGGCUUUCGGGGAGUAAUCCGUCUUCUGGACUGGUUUGAGAGGCCGGACAGUUUUAUUUUGGUUUUGGAACGGCCUGAUCCUGUGCAAGAUCUCUUUGACUUCAUCACAGAGAGAGGGGCUCUGCCUGAGGAUUUGGCUCGCAGCUUUUUCCGUCAGGUUUUGGAAGCAGUUCGACACUGCUACAGCUGUGGUGUUCUACACCGGGAUAUUAAGGACGAGAAUAUCUUGAUUGACCUGAGCAGUGGAGAGCUCAAACUUAUAGACUUUGGAUCUGGAGCACUGCUCAAGGACAUAGUGUACACUGACUUUGAUGGUACUCGUGUAUAUAGUCCUCCAGAAUGGAUUCGCUAUCACAAGUAUCAUGGCAGAUCUGCUGCUGUCUGGUCACUUGGAGUAUUGCUGUAUGACAUGGUCUGUGGUGAUAUCCCCUUUGAACAUGAUGAGGAGAUCGUAAGGGGCCAAGUUUAUUUUCGGCAAAGGAUUUCUCCAGAGUGCCAACAUCUCAUUAAGUGGUAUUUGGCUUUGAGGCCUUCUGACAGGCCAUCCCUUGAAGACCUUCUGAACCAUUCUUGGAUGCAAGAUGUUCUCAUGCCUCAGGAAACAGCCGAGAUCUACUUACACAGUCUAAUUCAAGAGUCUAGCAAAUAG